AUGGCAGGGAUCGCAUCGCGGCGGCGAUUCGCACGGGAGCACGGCCAACGGCUCACGCCGCCAGCACGUAUUCUACCAUCGCGUGGCGCCCGUGUGCGAACUGUCGAGGUCCAGCCGCCGCCGCCUAUGGAAACGUUGCCGACGCCACUGCGACGUCAACCACCGCCGACCCCGACAGGGGGCUACGCCUGGGGUCAGGCCAACUGCGAUGAACUGGUCCCUGGGUACGUCAGGGCAACCGAAGGCAGGUUCCUUUGCGCAGCCAGCCCAACCCCAGGUUCCCGGGCUGAACUCCUCACCCAUGCGCACCCCGCCUGGAUUUUUCUGUGGCGACGCGUCUCCAGCGAAGCCCGAUCCCGAGACGUAACACGCGGAAAAACCGCCCACCGACGCUGUUGCUACAGGGAAGUGGAAGAGAGGGAUGAUCGGGGAUUACCCAGCGGUCACCGACGAGCUCUGGGUUCGCGCCGGCUAUGUCGGCAACUACCCCGCCUUCACACAAAGUGUGGAAGCGUCCGGUGGUCAGGCUGCGAUCACCGCGCUGAUGGGCAUGGUGGCGCACACGGCCAACUUCAACGUGCUGCGCCUCCGUCACAAUUUGGUGCUGCACGCCGAUUUCCGCGUAACCAGCGAGGAGCAGUUUUUCGAGGCUCUGGGACGGGAGCUGUACUACUUCUUCCGCGAAGUCGUGCUGCUUUCGGGUAG